CGGCGCUCCCACGGUUCUCCGUCCAUCCGUCCCGCAGAACGCGUUUAUGGCUCAGGAGCAGUUGCUCGGGGGCUCCGGGCUGGGGAGGGCAGCCCUGGCGUGCUGCCUGGUGGCGGCGGUCGUAGCGCUCCGCUGCUGGGUCGCCCGGGGCCGCCGGCAGGCGCUCAGCAGGGGCUCCCGCCAGCAGGAGGAGGCCUUGGAGGCUAUGGCCCAGAGCGUGCGGGCGUUCCGCAGCCAGAACCCGGGCCUAGACGAAGAGACUGUACUGGCCCUGCCUCUGGACCAGCUGGUCCAGAAGCUCAAGAACCAAGCGCUGUCCCCAGAAACCGCCCUGUACAGCUACUUGGGCAAGGCCUGGGAGGUAACCAAAGAGAUCAACUGCGUGACCAACUACCUGGGCGACUGCAAGGCCCAGCUGGCAGAGGUGGCCCGGCAGUCCGAGGUUUGCGGCCUCCUCUAUGGGGUCCCCAUCAGCCUCAAGGAAUGUUUCCAGUGCAAGGACCAGGAUUCCACGCUGGGCCUGUGCCAGAACAUUGGCUUCCCGGCCACGGAGGACUCCGUGGUGGUGCAGGUGUUGAAGAAGCAGGGGGCUAUUCCUUUUGUGCACACCAAUGUGCCCCAGUCCAUGUUCAGCUACGACUGCAGCAACCCCAUAUUUGGCCGUACGCUGAACCCCUUGAAUUCUUCCAAGAGCCCUGGUGGGUCUUCAGGUGGGGAGGGUGCCCUCAUAGCGGGCGGCGGGUCCAUCUUGGGCUUGGGCACCGACAUCGGGGGCAGCAUCCGCUUCCCUGCGGCCUUCUGUGGCAUCUGUGGCCUCAAGCCUACUUCAGGCAGGAUCAGCAAGUGUGGGAUGAAGGAAUGUGUCAGUGGGCAGCUGGCAGUCCAUACAUCUGUGGGGCCCAUGGCCAAGGAUGUCGACAGCCUUGCUUUGUGCUUGCGGGCAUUGUUAUCUGAAGACAUGUUCCUUCUGGACCCCACGGUGCCCCCGAUGCCCUUCAGGGAGGCGAUCUAUGCCAGCACGAAGCCUCUGCGGAUCGGCUACUAUGCGUCUGAUGGGUAUACCAUGCCCAGUCCCUCCAUGAAGCGGGCAGUCCUGGAUACCAAGGCACUCCUGGAGGCUGCUGGCCAUACGCUUGUUCCAUUCAUACCCUCCAACAUCGAUUAUGCCAUAGAGGUGCUGAUGGCUGGUGGGCUCUUCAGUGAUGGAGGCAAGGCCUUGCUGGAGAAUUUCAAAGGUAACUCUGUAGAUCCAUGCCUGGGGGACCUGACCGUCAUCCUCAGGAUGCCUAAUUGGAUCAGAGGACUGUUGUCCAUUCUCCUCUGGCCUUUGCUCCCAAGACUGGCCACCUUCCUCAACAGCUUGAAGUCCCGGUCGGCUGGGGAGCUUUGGAACUUACACCACAAGAUUGAGGAAUACCGUCACAGUGUCAUCAGUCAGUGGAAAAUGCUGAAUUUGGAUGUGGUUCUGACCCCCAUGCUGAGCCCUGCCCUGACCGUCAACUAUCCAGGCAAAGCUACAGGGGCUGUCAGUUACACCAUGCUUUAUAAUUGUCUGGAUUUCCCUGCCGGUGUGGUCCCUGUCUCCACGGUGACCCAGGAGGAUGAGAAGGAGCUGCAGAAGUAUCGGGGCUACUUUGGGGACAUCUGGGACCUGAGGCUCCGCAAGGGCCUGAAGAAUAGCGUGGGGAUGCCUGUGGCGGUCCAGUGUGUGGCCUUGCCGUGGCAAGAUGAGCUUUGCCUCCGAUUCAUGCGUGAAGUGGAGAGAGUGAGCCAGGAGGGCAGGAGGAAGCAGAUAUAGGGGCCUUCUGGGCCGAACAGCCCCCAAGUUAAGCCCUGGCCCUCCCUUCUCAGCAGCCGCCUGCAGUCUUUGGUCUUCAGCUGGGGCAUCAAUAGCUUCGGCCCCUCUAAAGCCAUGAGUUUCGCCCCCUCCUCCCCCAGACAUCCCAGUCCAGUUCUCAGGGACAAGCCUUCUUCCCUCCCCAUCCUCCCCCAGUCCCCCCAUGAAUGUUACAGACCAGGGAUGGUCCCAAGAGGGAGUGACUGGGAGAUCCUGUGCCUAACUUUCAUAAUAAUAAUCAUUAUUGCAGG